AUGGCGGAACAUCUGGCAAAGGCACGAGUCGGAUCACAUCCAAACCCGCCAGAGAUUUCGAACCUGGAAAUACGAAAUACAUGGUCGGGCAAUUUCGAGGAUCCAGUGGCCGUAAGAAUCUCCCUGGAGGUCCAGUGUCUUCCCAACACGCAGUUUCAGCUUCUGAACACAAAGCACUCGGCCAUCUCCCUUAUCAGCACUUCUGUAACCCGCGUCCAUUCGGACCAUUUCGGUCAGAGCGAUCAGUCAAAAUAUGAACAUCGUACUCCCAGUCCCCUCUUUGCUUUCUCUUCAUCAGUGACUGAGGACGAAGAUAAUGGAGAGGAAACUAAGCUUGACUCGGGGAGAUCGUCUGUUUUCAACGCGGGGCAUGAGGUCAGCGACGUCAGCUCCCUCAAGGACGUUGUUGGGUCACCCUGCAACGGUCAGGUCGGGGAGGUCAGAUCCCGUUCUGAUGGAGCCAGCCCUCAGUCAGAAAGACCCCGAGUGACACGUCUGAGGACCACGAGCCUUCAGGAAACACGCCACCGACAUGCAUCUCGUAGCACUCCCCCAAUGAAAACGCCGCCCAUAUGUCUAAACAUCGCUCGAUCUGAGGACCGCAACAACGCCCAGAAUCUAGGGAAGCGAAGCGCUGCAGAUGCGUGUCUCCCGAGUUCCGCAUCAGACACGGAAAGUGAAGAUUCGAACGAGAAAGCAGUGGGACGCGGUGAUGCCUCGCACAAUGCUGUCUCUGCCGGCCUUGCUCACAGACACAAAAGCCCCACGAAAAGUCCACUUGCUGAGAAGAUGCAGAGGUUGAGAGGCAGGCUGUCCACGAGCUAUCGUUCUAACCAUUCGAGUCGAAGUUCUAGAUCUACAUCAAAGAUUGACAAGCCAGUCGAACCAGUGCUCUCAGAUGCAUCAUCCGAUGCUGGCCUGGGUGCUUCGAGCUACAUUAAGGUUGGGGAAAAUGACCUUUCAAACUCCACGGCUACUCUUAUCGAUCUUGCAGAAGUAGCUGCCAGUACCGUGUUUUCUACGGGUAAACAACCAGACUCUGGUAAUGGCUCGAUCUUGCCGGCAAAAUACAAAGACACCGAAGAAGCAGCUGUCUGUAAGGUUCUUCCUACUGAUAAGCAGCCGGACUCUGUAAAUGACUCGAUAUUGCCGGCAAAAGACAUCGAAGAAUCAGCUGUCAGUAACGUUGCGCCUACGGAUAAGCAACCGGACUCUGGUUUUGACUCGAUCUUCACGGCAAGAGACAUCGAAGUCCUAGAGAAGUCCCUUUGGGAGCACGAGUCUUGGAGGCAUCAGAAAACCCGUGUCGAUAGCAACCUUCCACCCAUGGAAACAGUUCCAGACCAUAUAUGUAGCCAAGAAGCCCCAACUACUCCCCUCAAAUAUAAGCAACGGCCACUGUUCGGUGGCACAGACGGAGCGGCGGACACUGAAUCGUUGCAUGGAUCUUUGCACAGUGACGAAACCCUCCGAGAAUCUCGCCAUCCACUCACAGAUCCUGAGCACGAUAAGAUGACCACAGAAGCCCAAAGCCCCAUCACAACCUCGACCUCGGCCAAGCCUGGAUCCCCAGAGCCUCUCAUCUCGGAGCAUCCAACCGAUGACUCUGAGGAAAAAACCGAUUCACCCCAGCCGGAGGUAUUUGCUGAACCAGAACUGAUUCUCAUCAAUGACAUCUUGUUUGUCAAAAGCCCUCCCAACAUAACACCAGUGCCAUACAAGAUGGUUCUCACCCUGACCAUCAAGCUUCAGAAAGGAGCACCACGUGGCUGGAGCUACCUGGUCAUCCCGGGGUUGCCUAGGCUGGGAACUGAUGAAAUCGGGGUCUUGCUCUUUCAAAUUCCGGCAAACCACGGGCUUGAGUUUCGAGUCACGAACCUGGGACGGUACAAGAUGGUGGAGAAUUGCUUUCUGGCGGAGUUAGUCUAUCGUGGAGACAUUAUGAUACCUCUUCGACGGUGCGACCAGAAUUUCUACGGCAUUAUCAAAGAUUUCACUGUGGACCAAGAGAUCAAAGCGGAGAUCAUGCCUUGCUCUGGCGCCGCGGAAGGCACUCGCGACCGCCAAAAAGCGAUUUGCAUUCGGUACCAGGCAUUCUGCUCGGUGAAGCUUCACAAUCGUUGCUUCUGCGCUGAGAAAUGCUGUGUGUUACUAUCGAUUGAUGGCGGGCCCGAAGGCUUCUUUCGAACCGAACUUGACACUCGAAAGACAGGGCUACAGGUGGUUCAGAUCGCACCGGAACAUGACACGCUUCUGGGUACCUCGACCCUACAAAUCAUCUGCCACCCGAAGAACUAUGAGAUGUUCUGCAUAAGCUGGACGGUCAAACUCUCUCACAACAACAAGACGAAAGCAAGCAGCUGGCUUCCUAGAGUCUACCCAGGGCCAUCCGGUUCGAAUGAUCGUGCUAAGCAUUAUCUCAGAUACACUCACUUGGAACGAGGCGAUGAAUCUCCUUCUAAAAAUGCAGCAAAUCACCAUCCUGGAGAGUCUUCCAUGAAGGUAACGCCUGAAGACUCCGAGGCUGGCUUGCAGACACAGGAGCAGCCGCUGGAGCAUACAUCGCAUUCCGAAGAGUCUGGCGCUGCAGAUGCUUCUCCAGUAGGGAUGAUAGACGAUGUAGUGAACACUGGCGAAGAGACCUCCCUAAUGACGACAGAAGAAGUCACGGACGUCGGUGAAGAAGCUCGUGGAGCAGUUAGUGGUGUGAAUGGUGAGGAGGAGAUUAUACAACGUGGCGAAGAUGCGAUAGCUGGUCAGAAUGAAAGGUACGCGAGUCUUCGAACGAAGGGGCUUGUUGUGAUGUUUUGCGUAGGGUUUGCUGUGGGUGGCAUGUUUACCUCCGUUUGGCUUGACAACAUAUACGUCAACGCUCUCAGUCGUUCGUUUCGAGGCUCUUCGCAAUCGUCUGUCAUGCAUGAAGGGCGCAUUAAUUUGACUAGCGAGGUGAGCUCUGUGGCGGCGGUUGAGAACCACUUUCAGCAGAUGUUCCAGCUGGGCAAGACUGCGUCAGUUGGAGGGGAUGUCAAUUUGCCGGAGGAACUGACUGAGCAGGAGUCUGCUGAUGCAGAGGUCGAAUUGGAGGGGUUGGGAAGUGGAACAGAAGAAGUUGGAGAGAAGCAGCAGCCACUCCAUCCACACCAAACCCGUUCAUUCCGAGACCAGGUGGAUUACUGGCUGGGAUGGCGCGGGCCAAUUGUUCCAAACGGUGACCCAGUGUGA